GACCGAAAGAGGCAAUAUGAGCUGCUCAAACUUGAAAGAAACUUCCAAAAACAGUCCAAUGUGCUUAGACGUAAAACUGAGGAGGCAGCAGCUGCCAACAAGCGUCUCAAAGAUGCUCUCCAGAAACAACGGGAGGUUGCAGAUAAACGGAAAGAGACUCAGAGCCGUGGAAUGGAAGGCACUGCAACACGAGUGAAGAAUUGGCUUGGAAAUGAAAUUGAGGUUAUGGUCAGUACUGAGGAAGCCAAACGCCAUCUGGAUGAUCUUCUUGAAGACAGAAAGAUACUGGCUCAAGAUCUGGCUCAACUUAAAGAGAAAAAGGAAUCUGGGGAGAAUCUACCUCCUAAACUCCGGAGACGCACAUUCUCACUUGCUGAAGUGCACGAUCAAGUUUUGGAGUCAGAAGAUUCUAUUACAAAGCAGAUUGAAAGCCUAGAGACUGAAAUGGAACUCAGGAGUGCUCAGAUUGCUGACCUACAACAGAAGCUGCUAGAUGCAGAAAAUGAAGACAGGCCAAAGCAACGCUGGGAGAACAUUGCUACCAUUCUGGAAGCCAAGUGUGCCCUGAAAUAUUUAAUUGGAGAGCUGGUCUCCUCCAAAAUACAGGUCAGCAAACUUGAAAGCAGCCUAAAACAGAGCAAGGCCAGCUGUGCUGACAUGCAGAAGAUGCUGUUUGAGGAACGAAAUCAUUUUGCUGAGAUAGAGACAGAAUUGCAAGCUGAGCUGGUCAAAGUGGAGCAACAACAUCAAGAAAAGGUGCUGUACCUUCUCAGCCAACUGCAACAAAGCCAAACGGCAGAGAAGCAGUUAGAGGAGUCAGUCAGUGAAAAGGAACAGCAGCUGCUGAAUACACUGAAGUGUCAGGAUGAAGAACUUGAGAAGAUGCGAGAAGUAUGUGAGCAGAAUCAGCAGCUUCUCCAAGAGAAUGAAAUCAUCAAGCAGAAACUGAUCCUCCUCCAAGUAGCCAGCAGACAGAAACAUCUUCCUAAGGAUACCCUUCUAUCUCCAGACUCUUCUUUUGAAUAUAUCCCACCUAAGCCAAAACCUUCUCGUGUUAAAGAAAAGUUCCUGGAGCAAACCAUGGACAUCGAGGACCUAAAAUAUUGUUCAGAGCAUUCUAUGAAUGAGCAUGAUGAGGGUGAUGGUGAUGAUGGAGAUGAUGGGGAUGAUGAGGAAUGGAAGCCAACAAAAUUAAUCAAGGUGUCCAGGAAGAACAUCCAAGGGUGCUCCUGCAAAGGCUGGUGUGGGAACAAGCAGUGUGGGUGCAGAAAGCAAAAGUCAGACUGUGGCCUGGACUGUAGCUGUGACCCCACAAAGUGUCGGAACCGCCAGCAAGGCAAGGAUAGCUUGGGCACUGUUGAACGGACCCAGGAUUCUGAAGGUUCCUUCAAACUAGAGGAUCCCACAGAGGUGACCCCAGGCUUGAGUUUUUUCAACCCUGUCUGUGCCACUCCCAAUAGCAAGCUCCUGAAAGAGAUGUGUGAUGUAGAACAAAUUCUGUUAAAGAAGAUUGCUCCAGCUCCUUCCUCCUUUGACCUCUCAGAGUUGAAACAUGUAGCAGCAGAAUCCCAAGAAAAUAAGGCUCCAGGAAAGAAAAGGAAACGAGCUCUGGCCAGUAAUACCAGCUUCUUCUCUGGCUGCUCUCCUAUCGAAGAAGAGGCCCGCUGAAGUUGGAGUCAUCAUCUCCACCUCAAGUCUGGCUUGGGAGAUGCUUUCAGGAGUUUUUUAAUGACUCCUCUGAAUUUCAGGUUUCUUGCUGUUGCAAAAAAGGAACAGAAUGUUACUGAAAGGAAAGUAACAUUUGUUGGAUGUUGGCCCUCAUUCUCCAGCCCCAGACUACUACUCUAUCUUCUCCAGAAGGGUGCUAAGCUACCUAAUGAAGAGAGAACCAACUGAUUUUCCUACUGACUCAUCAAGAACUAGUCCCCAGUACAAUCUAGCUCUUUAUUUGUGAGCAGUUAUGGCUGUUUCCUUAUGGGGAUGAGACCAAGACUUUCUUAUCUCUAGGUUGUUUCUGCUUAAUGAAGGAGCCUGGCCUAGGAUGGAGGCCUGGCUCCCAUCUUUCACCCCACCUCAGGAGUGGGGUUGGAAUCUUUCCUGCCCUGCCCCUCUCUGGAUCUUAAGUGUUUUAAUAAUACCCUCAAUUUUCUGCCAUGUUGCUGAAGUAAAUGAAUUAUUUUUAAAUGUUAAAGUAAGUAAAUAAACCUUAGCCCAACUACUGUUCAGGAAGUUCCUUCUGUGCUAGAGGAAGAAAUAAAAUUUCAACCUGUGUUCCUCA